CAAUUCUGCCCGAGUAGCUCCACGCCGCAGCCGAGGAUAAGCCGCGGCUCCAGCCGCUUGAGAGUAAUCAAUUUCCGCCUGCUCGUAGGAUUUACUGUCGUUUUGGGACAAGCGCCAUCCGACGCUUUGUGGGAUUUUAGGAUACAGUUUCGACUUUCGAGUCUCCUUCAUAUCAUGGCUAUUGAAUGCCUCGUCCUUGGCGCGGGGCAAGAAGUGGGGAAGAGUUGCGUGGUUGUAACCAUAAACGGGAAGAAGAUAAUGUUCGACUGUGGUAUGCACAUGGGCUACCUCGACCACCGCCGGUACCCGGACUUCUCUUCGAUUUCCGGCGCCGGCGGCGACUUCACGAGCUCACUUUCGUGCAUAAUCAUCACCCACUUUCACUUGGACCAUAUUGGGGCCCUCCCGUAUUUCACUCAAGUUUGCGGCUAUCAUGGCCCCAUUUACAUGACGUAUCCAACGAAAGCGCUAGCCCCAUUAAUGCUUGAGGAUUAUCGGAAAGUGAUGGUUGAUAGAAGAGGAGAGGAAGAGCAGUUUAGCUCUGAGCAUAUUGUUGAGUGUAUGAAAAAAGUCACGCCAGUGGAUCUUAAGCAGACAGUUCAGGUUGAUAAAGACCUUCAGAUCCGAGCAUACUACGCAGGGCAUGUCCACUUAUGCGACAACAUAUCGCGAUUCAAAAUAUGUUCGAGAGAGAGAGUUCACAAAUGUGUUGCUGGGGGCGGGAAAGUUCUAAUUCCUACCUUCGCUCUGGGAAGAGCUCAGGAACUCUGUAUGCUAUUGGAUGACUACUGGGAGAGAAUGAAUCUCAAAGUUCCUAUAUAUUUCUCAGCAGGAUUGACCAUACAAGCGAAUUUUUACUAUAAAGUUCUUAUCAACUGGACCAGCCAGAAGGUGAAGGAUACUUAUGCAACACGAAAUCCAUUUGACUUCAAAAAUGUCUCCAGUUUUGAUCGUUCUUUGAUUAACUCUCCGGGUCCUUGCGUUCUUUUUGCGACACCUGGAAUGAUCAGCGGAGGUUUCUCACUUGAAGUUUUCAAGCAGUGGGCCCCACAAGAAGGAAAUCUUGUUGCGUUGCCAGGAUACUGUGUGGCUGGAACUAUUGGGCACAAAUUGAUGUCAGCUAAAACACCGACCCAAAUUAAGCUUGAUGAGGCUGUCCACAUUGAUGUGCGAUGCCAGCACGUCAUCCUUGUACACGGUGAAAAGCCGAAAAUGGCCACACUCAAAGACAAAAUCCAAUCCGAGCUGGCAAUCAAAUGCUACUUCCCGGCAAACAACGAGACUGUAAGCAUUCCCUCAACUCACCACGUGGAAGCUAAUGCCUCUGAUUCAUUCCUGCAGAGUUGCAUGUGCCCGAAUUUCGAGUUUGCGAAAAACGGGGAAGAAGAAGGAUAUCCUGAUUCGGACAAUGCUGAUUCAUCAUUCACGGGAAAAGUGCAGGUUUGUGAUGAUCGGGUGGCUCGGGGGAUGCUGGUCCUAAAGAAGGAUCAGGGCCCGAAAAUCGUGUGCCAAGAUGAGUUGAUGCAGGAGUCGAAUUCGACAACUCUUGAGCUGAAGUUUGCAGUUUCGAUUUUCUACUGUUCAUCUGGUAUGAAGCUGAACUGUGUAGGGGUAGAUUUGGAAGUUAAUCUUGAUCUUUUUGAUGAUAUGCUU